GCGAAUUUGACCAAUCAUAACGGCCGAUUCCAGCGCUCCGUCCUGAUAGACUCAGAGUCGGGCAACAUAUGCGCGAGCGCCUCGCUUUGCAGCCAAUGGGAAGUCCCGUGGGGUCGCGGUGGGAGGGAUUACAUCCUAUCACAGAGAGAAGGCUGAGCUGGUGGUGGAGGAAUCGAAAGAAAAUGGCGGCCGUGGCUGCGGAGCCAGGAGCUUCUGCGGCAGCAACCACAACAGCGAGGGAGGGAGCGGAGCUAGAACACGAGGUGGUGCAGCCAGCUGCGAGGGAGGCCCAAUUUAAGGCCGAGGCUGCGGAGCACCGCGCCACAGUGAUGGACCUUGUGCGCGUACCCCAGAACGGAGAUGCAGCUCAGGAAUGCAGCGUGGGUCGCGCCGAGGCGCAGCGCAGACCUCCCCAAGAGGCCGUGGGCAGUGCUCGCUGUAAUCCCGGAGGGGACAGACACGCCGCGGAGGGGAGCCCUGGAAGUGAGCCCGACGCCGUCCCGAAAAGCCCCGGCUGCAAGACAGGAAUCUGGAGGGACCUCGGGUGCGCUGGGUUGACUCCCAAUGAGGGGACGGUGAGCGAGGUCGCUCUGUGCGGGUCGCCUGUACGAGUCCAGCUGGCCGCCGGAUCGGAACCGGCAGCAGCAGAGCUGUCCAGCGGGUUCCCGGAGGCUGUUCCGGCGGUGCCGACAGAGACGUGGCUCGCAGCGCCUUUUUUGUCUCUAACGGAUAUGACUGAACUGGGGAGAGGAUGCGCUGCCCUCAUGGAAUCGGACCUGACCGGGGGCACCGACAUCCACCCUGAAGUACGCGUCUCAUUGGAGCCACCUGCGGUCGAACCAUCGCCAGAGCCCGGACUGGGGAGCGCCGAUCUCCUGCAGGGGUACUCGAUGUAUGCGGUUCCCACAAGUCCGAGGACCACGGAGCAUCUCACGGUUGCCGAAGGCAGGGAGGAGCGCACGUAUUCGGAGGCGCCGGUGGACAAGGAUCGCAUAACGGCUGCAUCGGACCCGCGGCACUUUGACACGCCUCUGAGCGGCGCCGACUUGCAGGACGCCCCGCUGAAAGCCGCGCUGGCCGGCCCCGAGGACGAAGGGCUACGGACCGAAUCUAUUGCGCAGCUCAUCCCCGGGUCAGAGGUUCGAGUCUCGUUGGAUCACAUCAUUGAUGACGCCCUGGUGGUCUCGUUUCGGCUCGGAGAGAAAAUCUUCUCGGGGGUCCUUAUGGAUCUCUCUAAAAGGUUCGGACCGUACGGGAUUCCGGUCACCGUGUUUCCCAAGAGGGAAUACAGGGAUAAACCCGAAACUAUGCAGCUAAAGGCAGAACCAUUCCCGUCAGAGUUGGAGAAGGGGCAGGAACAGGGCGCCCCCGACGAGCAGCGGGGCGAGGCCUGCCAGACUCCCAGCGUGCCCGAGCCCGAGCCUACCACCACUCAGUGGACCUUGAAGCCCCCUCCUCUAUUCCAGGAGGGGGUGCCGUACCCCCCACCUUUGUUUAUCAGGGACACUUACAGCCAGUCGAUACCUCAGCCCCCUCCCCGCAAGAUCAAACGGCCAAAACGCAAGCUGUACCGGGAGGAGCCCACAUCCAUCAUGAAUGCCAUCAAGCUCCGCCCCCGGCAGGUGCUCUGCGACAAAUGUAAGGGUGCCGUGGUGGGCGGGGACAAGCGGGAGGUGAGGCGUGGCCCCGGGCCAGAGUGCCGCGCCGAGGAGGCCAAGCGUCGGCGCGGCGAGAAUACGGCCGGAGCGGGCAAGCGACCCCGCACCGAAGCCAGGGCCGAGGGCCCCCGCAAACAGGGGCCAGUAGUGCGAGUUGCCCCCACAGUGGGCCAGGUCAGGGCCCCCGGCGUGAUGAAGGUGGAUGCAGCCACUGCCUCUGCCGUCAGCGGCCCCCGUGUCCAGCUAAAUGCCAAGAAGGUGCUGCAGAACAAGAAUGUGGACCACUGCAAGGCACGUGAGGUGCUCAAGAUGGCUCGUGUCACGCACCGGAGGCAGCGGGACAAGGCCAGCGCUGUCACCAGGACACCCAUAAGCAGGACUUCCUCCCCCCAGGACACCCACCAGAAGGUCCACUUCACCCGGCGGCUGCACCAGAUUAGCGGGGCCGGUGGAACGGGCGUGGUUAGCAGUGCUGCUCUGCCGCCCCGGAUUCGCAUCAAGCCUCAGAGGUACCGCAACGAGGAGAACAGCUCGUCAGCGGUGUGGCUGGGCUUCGACAGGGGGCCUGCAAAUGGCAGCAGGGUGGCAGGCAGACCGGCGCCAUCUCGCUGUGCCUCCACGCGCUCCUCCUGCUCCGCCCACCUGGCCGAUGCUGCUGCUACUGGAAAACCACGCCCGCCUGCGGACUUCGACACUGAACUCGGAUCCCUGCUCCCGUCCGAGGCCCCACCCCACCCCGAACGUGAGCAUAGUCCCCAGCUGAAGCCCGGGGACCCAGACGUGGAGGCUGAUGACCUUGGGGGGCGGGAGGAGAGGCGGGGGGCCAAGGCAGGUAGCCUCUCGAUGUACGUGUCCCUUAACGCCAGUCAGCCAGACUCCUCCAGCGUCUCUGUGUGUAGCGUCGAUAGCGCCGAUGACCUUAAGUCCUCCAACUCGGAGUGUAGCUACGAGACCUUCGACCUACCCCCUCCCGGCGCGCUGCACUCGCCUCCCGUCCCUAGCUCAUCCUCCAUAGUCACUGCUUCCUCCACAACCCCGUCUUUCUCUUCCUCCUCUUCCUCUUUGUCGGUCCCCAAGGAGGAGAAGAAACCUAGCAAGCCCUUAAAAGCUGCAGUCUUUUCCAAAAACGUCUCUAAGUGCGUCACGGCCGACGGCAGGACCAUAUGCGUAGGGGACAUCGUUUGGGCCAAAAUUUACGGCUUCCCUUGGUGGCCCGCGCGCAUCCUAGUCAUCACCGUGAGCCGUAAAGACAACGGGCUCUUGGUCCGGCAGGAGGCUCGCAUCUCCUGGUUUGGGUCACCUACCACGUCCUUCCUGGCCCUGUCGCAGGUCACCCCCUUCCUAGAGAACUUCCAGUCACGCUUCGACAAGAAAAGAAAGGGCUUAUACCGCAAAGCCAUCGCUGAGGCAGCCAAGGCGGCCAAGCAGCUCACCCCGGAGGUGCGCGCCCUGCUCACGCAGUUUGAAACGUGAGUGCCCCUUGUUGGGAGGGAUGGGCGGUCGCAAAGGUGAGCACCUCUCCCCAGACCAUGCCAACCAUUUACUAGUAAACCCCCCCCCCCAACCUCUUCGAAAAAAUUGCUUGAGAUCAGCUUGUCAUGUAUGUACUAGUCAGUGGAAAUGGGGGUUAUGGGCAAGAGGGAGACCCCCCCCCCCCCCCC